AUGCCGUCAGUUGCAAGUUCUAAGGAUACCGAGGAAUCAACUCAUAUUCAUGAUUCAAUAUCAUCUAUUGCAAAUGUAUCUAUUAUCAAUGAUCCAACUUUAAAUGAUUUUGACGUAUUGGAGAUUUCUGAAGAUUUAUUCAAUGAAAUAUUCCCUAAUGAGCAAUCUGGUAUUGACGAUGACAGAUUCAUUUUGAUUAAAUUAUUAGGAGCUCCUGAUUAUUUCAAUACUUUUAAAAUUAUGAAAAUUACCAAGAUUGUUACAAAACAAUCCCAAUCAAUUUGUUUAAUCAAUAAUUCAACAUUAGUCAAGUUUAAAAAUGAUCAAUUAACAAUUCAUAAAGCAUUGAUUAAAUCUAUCAAUUAUAAAGAUAUUCCUAAAUUAAAUCAAAUUUUCGUAUCUAUCCCAAAUGAAAUAUAUCAUUUAUUACAUGAUAAAUCACAAUAUUCAAUUAAAGAAAAAUUCAUAACUCAAUUUUUAAAAUCUUGUGGCGGUGUUAUUAAUCAAGGUGAUUAUAUUAGAUUAAUUAAUGGGAAAAUUAACUUAUGUGAACCAUUAACUCAAGGUAAAGUUGAUUUUGACACGGAGAUUGUUUUAAUUAAUCAAAAUGAUCAACACGUGGAACUGGAAGAAGAUGAAGAAGAUAUCUACGAGGAAUUAGAAGAAGAAGAGGAGGAAUAUGAUGUUAAUGACCUUGAUUUAUCUUCCUAUUUGUCAUCAAGUUUGCAAUUUGGGAAAUUUAAUAGUAAUAACGAUGUUGAGAAUUCUGUUAAAUUCAAGGUUGGUCCAUUACCAGAAAGAUUUAUCCUUGACGAUUUACCAAGUAGUUGGUCCAAAGAUGAUAAUGAGUUGUUUGUAUUUAUAAAUAAUGAUGAUUUUAUUAAAUUGGGAUUUCCUAUAUUCAAUGGUGAUUUGGUUAAACUUGAUACUGGUUCACAAUCAAUUAUUGUUAGAUUAUUUACUUUUAUUGAACCCCAAUCUAAUUUUCAAAAAGGAAUUGCUUAUUUAUCACCAAUUUUAUUGAUAAAUCUUGAAUUAAAUGAAAAUUCAAAGAUAAAAUUUGUACCAUUGAAUGAUAAAUCAAAUGAUGCAUUAUCAAGCGUAAUUCCAAUUGCAGAAUCAGUUACAAUUUCAAGAGUUAGUUCUCAAAUUACUAUGGAUAAGACUUUCCAAACUAAUUUCUUUUCAAGUUUGAAGACCAUUUUAAGUAACAAAUUAAAGUGUGUUAAACCUGGUGAUUACUUCCCGGUGGUUAUUGAUACUGUUUUAUCCAAAACCAUGUUUGAUUAUGUAAACGAUGAAAAUAACGAUAGUAGUAAUAAUGACGACUCAGCCGCUGGUGUCGGAGGAGGAGCAGGAGCAGGAGGCUAUGAUAAUUUUGACGUUAUUCCAAUUGGGAAUCCGGAUGCAGUUGCAUGGUUUAAAAUUGCUGAGGUCAAAGGUGUUAAUGAAAUUGGAACUAAUCAAUUUCUUAUUGAUCCAAAUAAAACAAUGUUGGUUUCAUCAGGAGUUGAAAGUAUUAGAUUACCUAAAAAUGCAUUUGCCAAAUGGUAUCAAUAUUUGAAUUUACCACCGUUGUUUAAUUAUCAAGAAGGAAAUUUUAAGUAUGCACAAGAAUUCAAAAAGACAUUAUCUACUUGUUUAUCAUCAAGGAUUAAUUUGAAAACUUCAAUUUUAUUGACUUCAAUGAGUAGAGGAAUUGGGAAAACUACUCUUGUUAGAGAUUCAUGUAUUGAAAUGGGAUUGAACCUAAUUGAAUUGGAUUGUUUUGAUUUGUUAAAUCCAGGACAAGAAUUAAAAACCAUUGGGAUGUUAACAGGUAAAAUUGAUAAAUUAAUUGCUAAUGCUUCUAAUGAGAAUAAUUCUUCCUCAUCAUCAUCAUCAUCAUUCCAUGUAAUUUAUCUUAAGCAUAUUGAAAAUUUGUGUCCUAAAACGGAUGAAAAUGAUCAAAAUUCAAGUAUUUUCACCUCGUUGACAUUAAAAAUCAUUCUGACUUUACAUGAUUAUUUGAAAAAUUAUUCAAAUUUGGUUAUUGUCAUGAGUUGUAAUGAUUAUGAUAAAUUGAAUGAUAAUUUAAAAUCGAUUAUUAAAUUCACUAUUGAAUUUACUGUUCCUACUGAAAACGAACGUUUGGAAAUUUUCAAGUUUUUGAUAAACAAUGAAAAAUUGAAAUCUAAAACCACCACCCCUAAUAAAGAUAUAAAUUCAUAUCCAUUUAUAAUUAGAAAAGAUAUUAAUUUCAAGAAUCUUGCAUUACAAUCAGCAGGGUUUAACACCAAGAGAUUUAAUUUCAAUUAUUUAAAAAUCCAAAAAUUAGCCUAUAAAAGAUUAACCAAAUUAUCUAAAUCAUCGGGUAUUAAUUUGUCCAAUGUUCUUGAUAUAGGAAAUGGAGGAGUUAUAAAUUGGAUACCAGAAGAUUUUAAUUUGGCAAUUAAUGAAGCCCGUAAUCAAUUCAGUGAUUCUAUUGGAGCACCACGUAUUCCAAAUGUUAAAUGGGAAGAUAUUGGAGGGUUGGAUUUAGUUAAAGAUGAAAUUUUAGAUACUAUUGAUAUGCCAUUAAAACAUCCAGAACUAUUUAAUAAUGGUUUGAAAAAAAGAAGUGGUAUUUUAUUUUAUGGACCUCCAGGUACUGGUAAAACAUUGUUAGCUAAAGCUAUAGCUACUAAUUUUUCAUUGAAUUUUUUUUCAGUUAAAGGGCCAGAAUUAUUGAAUAUGUAUAUUGGUGAAUCAGAAGCAAAUGUUCGUCGAGUUUUCCAAAGAGCAAGAGAUGCUAAACCUUGUGUUAUAUUUUUUGAUGAAUUAGAUUCGGUUGCUCCAAAGAGAGGUAAUCAGGGAGAUUCCGGUGGUGUUAUGGAUAGAAUUGUAUCACAAUUAUUAGCUGAAUUAGAUGGUAUGAGUAGUGAAGGAGGAGAUGGGGUGUUUGUAGUAGGAGCAACUAACAGGCCUGAUUUAUUAGAUGAAGCAUUAUUAAGACCUGGUAGAUUUGAUAAAAUGUUAUAUUUGGGUAUUUCAGAUACUGAUGAAAAACAAACUAAGAUUUUAGAAGCUUUAACUAGAAAGUUUAAAUUGGAUGAUGAUGUUAAUUUAGAAGAAAUUGCUCAUAAUUGUUCCUUUACAUUUACUGGUGCUGAUUUUUAUGCUUUAUGUUCUGAUUCGAUGUUAAAUGCAAUGACUAGAGUUGCAAAUGAAGUUGAUGAAAAGAUUAAAAACUAUAAUCAAAACUUAAUAAAUCAAGGUAAAGAAGAAGUUAAUACAAGAUGGUGGUUUGAUAAUGUUGCUUCCGAUCAAGAUAUUACAGUAUUGGUUAAAAUGGAAGAUUUUAUAAAAGCUCAAAAUGAAUUGAUCCCAUCUGUUUCAGCUGAAGAAUUACAACAUUAUUUGAGAGUUAGAGAGAAUUUUGAAGGUGGUAAAGAGAAAGCAAAACAAGAUUUGAUUAAUGAAAAUGGACAUUGA